AGUAAUAUAUACAAAACACUCGCGCCAAAAAGUUUCCUUCACAUUUAAAAACAAAAAAAUUAAUUUGAAAUUCUAAAAUGCUCGUAGAAACGAUAAAAGAGUCAGAAAUCGUCAAUGAUGGAGCAUCCACAUCAUCAGCACCAUUAGUACAGAAGGAAAAUAAAAAGAAAAACAUUCCUUGGAUUGAAAAAUAUCGGCCACAAAGAUUCGAAGAAAUUAUGGGUAAUGAAGAUACUGUGUCACGUCUUGCUAUUUUUGCUACUCAAGGCAACACUCCUAACAUUAUUAUUGCUGGUCCACCUGGUGUCGGUAAAACUACGACAAUCUUAUGCCUUGCUAGAAUUCUCCUCGGUGAAAACUUCAAAACUGCAGUAUUGGAAUUGAAUGCCUCAAAUGAACGUGGAAUUGAUGUGGUCCGAAAUAAAAUAAAAAUGUUUGCACAACAAAAAGUGACACUUCCCAAAGGUCGUCAUAAAAUUGUUAUUCUAGAUGAGGCAGAUAGUAUGACAGAAGGAGCCCAGCAAGCUUUGAGACGUACAAUGGAACUGUUCAGUAGCACAACUAGAUUUGCCCUUGCAUGUAAUACCAGUGAAAAAAUUAUCGAGCCUAUUCAGUCAAGAUGCGCAAUGAUUCGAUACUCGAAACUCACUGAUGCUCAAGUUCUGGCUAAAUGCAUUUAUGUAUGUCAACAAGAAAAUUUAGAUUAUACUGAAGAUGGACUCGAAGCUAUUGUGUUUACAGCACAAGGAGAUAUGAGACAAGCUCUUAAUAAUUUACAAUCGACAGCAAAUGGAUUUGGGAAGAUCAGCAGUGAAAAUGUUUUUAAAGUUUGUGAUGAACCUCAUCCACUGCUCGUACAAGACAUGUUAGAACAUUGCAUAAAUGGUGAAAUACAUGGGGCUUAUAAAAUUAUGAAGAAACUGUGGCGAUUAGGAUAUGCAGCUGAAGAUAUUAUUGGGAACAUCUUUCGUUUUCUUAACACAAUUAAAAGGAUGACUGAGUACAAGUUGGUAGUGGUAGGCGCUGGUGGCGUUGGGAAAUCAGCGCUAACAAUUCAACUUAUUCAGAAUCAUUUUGUAGACGAAUAUGAUCCAACAAUUGAAGACAGCUAUAGGAAGCAAGUAGUCAUCGAUGGUGAAACAUGUCUAUUAGAUAUCUUGGAUACAGCCGGUCAAGAAGAAUAUUCUGCGAUGCGAGAUCAGUAUAUGCGCACCGGAGAAGGAUUUUUAUUGGUAUUUGCUGUAAAUAGUGCCAAAAGUUUCGAAGAUAUAGGAACAUAUCGUGAACAGAUAAAACGUGUUAAAGAUGCAGAAGAAGUGCCAAUGGUGCUUGUUGGUAACAAAUGUGAUUUGCAGGCAUGGGCAGUUGAUAUGAACCAAGCGAGAGAUGUUGCAAAGCAGUAUGGUGUGCCGUUUGUUGAAACAUCUGCGAAGACUAGAAUGGGAGUUGAUGAUGCAUUUUACACGCUAGUUCGUGAGAUUCGAAAAGAUAAGGAGCGAGGGAAGAAGAGCAAAAGCAAACGCGGCAUUGGAAUAAGUCAAAAUCGCCGAUUCCGUUGUGAGUUACUAUAAAGAAACGUCCACUCAUCACUCACAAGUUUUAUGAACAUACAAGCGCAUUAUUUUAAUUAUUAUUCGGUGAGAAAGAUGGAAAACCGAUUUCUUCCAUUACAAAUGUUAUUUCCUUUAGUAGAUUAUAAUUUUUCUCUUUUUAUUAUUACUUACUUUCAAACUCUUUUUACCGAAUCUUGUUAUCUACUCAAUCAAGAAUUAUUUAGUGCUUGAUGACUUGUGAUUAACAAAAUUUCCUAUUUCUUUCGAUGUUUUAAUGCUGAGAUGAUCAUGAAGAUUAUCUUGUGCAUUGCAUCCUUUUUAUUUUAAUCUUCAAUCAAUGAUUGAAAGACGACAUGAACGAAGAAAGUAUGAAUUCAGGUGAUGAAGCCAUGAGUAUGAUCGUUGACUUUCUUUUGUGAAUGAAUAAAACCAUUUUAAUGACUUUCGACGUAAACAAUUGUGAAAAGUGAAACAAAAUUAAAACUGUGCGAGAAAGAAAAGUUUCAAAACUGUUUGUUAUAAGGGAAAUGAUCGAAUCAAAAUAGAUAAAAUUUCAUUCAAACGAAGACGAUCUUUGUGAUAAAAUUAAAAAAGAAAACGGAAAACAUGCGAGGGAGAUAAAAAAAUAAAAUGAAAAGGAACUUUUUCGACUAUUUCUCUUAUCAUUUGAAUGUUGUGUAUCGUGCAUUGCCAUUUUUUUCGUGAUUUUAUGUAUAUGUUUUUUUAAUUACUUCGCAUUAAGAUCAGAAGCAUGAUGAAUUUUGAAAUGAAAAUAAAGCCAAUAAUUGGAUGAUUGUAAGAUAAGACAACAACACAUUUAAUUAUAUUUUGAUAAUCAACAUUUAAUGAUAUAAGUCAGGUUCUUUUAAUCAGUUAAUGAAUUGUGUUCACUUCAUUUUCUGACAACGUAGGACAAGAAAUUGAUUUUUGUAUUAAUUUUCUCUAUCAAACCGAUAUUUCUUUAUAUAUGAUUAUGUUGUUUUGGACAUGAAUUUAGGAAAACAAUAUGAUGACAACCGCCUUUUUGGCUGUCGGCGUUUUCAAGACGGACAGAAGCACAAACCUUAAAUGAAAGUUUAAAUAUUAAUACUGAAAAGGUCUUUUUUUUAAAUUGAAACAAAAUAUCUAAGAAUAUAUGAAUAAUUUUUAUUAUAGCUUUUCUAUUGCUUGGUAAUAUAAAAACACACAAACACAGAAUUGUAAUACUAAGCUUCGAAAUGUGUUUACAAAUGUGAAGUUUCUACGCAUAUUUCGGUACAACUUAUUUGAUUGUUGAGUCGAUUAUGAUUAGAAUGACAUGAAAAUUUACAACACAGAAAACUUUGUGAACAAAUUUAACAAAAAAAAAAGAUACAAAAUCAUGUUUGGAGAAAUGAAUUGCGUCAGAUGGAACCACUGACUCAGUUCGUUUCGAAACUUUGAUCGAACUUUAACUUUUCUUUUUCCUUUAACUUUAAAAAAAUGAUAAAAACUCAGAGAUCAAACAAAAAGAUUUUGGAUUAUGAAUUUCCAAAAAAAAAUGUAAAUUAAUUAAUGAUAAAAUAAAAAUAUGCUUGAUAAGAAACGAA